AUGAACGGAGCGUCGUACACUGGCGUGCCGACUAUACCACCUCCUCAAUUCAGUACAUUUACCACGACAAUUGAUCCUCCUCGACCCUUGCCAGACUUUGUAUCGAAGCCUCCAGUGCAUCCCUUGACAACUGCAGCUCAGCCGCCAGCGUAUUCGCAAGCGACCGUUCCGUAUCCAGCUGUACAGGCUCAUAUAGAAGCUCAUGGUUCCACACAGAAUGCUAUUGAUAGUAAACCUAGCACAGUCCAAGAGUCUUUUGCAAUUACACCAAAGCCUGUGAAUGACACAAAGGAGCCGCAAAAACCGGAUUCGCAUGAUUCGCAUCAUAAGAAACAUCACAAGCUGCCGUUGGCUCCAACAUCAUCAAAAUGUUACAAUACUAAACGAACUUUCAAGGUGAUUAUUGUAGGCGAUGCAGGCGUGGGCAAAACAUGCCUGUCGUUCCGGUUCUGUUGUGGUAGAUUUCCCGAGCAUACCGAAGCAACUAUAGGCGUAGAUUUCCGGGAAAGAAGUUGUGUCAUAGAAAGAGAAUUACUGAAGGUACAAUUAUGGGACACGGCUGGUCAAGAGCGGUAUAGGCACUCUAUAGUAGCGCACUAUUACCGUAACGUCAAUGCUGUGGUUUUUGUAUACGAUGUGACAUGCCCAUCAUCUUUCGCCUCACUUCGCUCAUGGAUCAAUGAGUGUGAAAAGAACGGGCUCACAGCUGAUUGUGAUGUGCCACGAAUUCUUAUUGGAAAUAAAUGCGACCUAAAAUCGUCGAAAUCGUCGCGUGUUGAUACGGAUGCUGCUCAGGUGUUUGCUGACCGUAACAAUAUGGCACUAUUUGAAACGUCAGCAAAAGCAGAUUCUGAAGCAGAUCAUGUGGAAUCGAUAUUCCUAACCUUGCUACACAAACUGCAGCAGAGCAAACCUAUGCAUGUACAGAGUGAAGUAGAGCGACAGGCGAAGGAACAAGAACGUCUGGUACUGAAGGCCAGCGAAGCCUAA